UAUUUAUGUGUGUUUAGUUACAUAAUUUUCAUUACCAAUGCUUUCAGCAAGUACAAUAAAUAAAUAUAUGAGACGUAAGGUGUGCAAUUGUAAUGCAUGCAACCCUGCCAAUCUUGUGUUACCUUUGAUGAUUAGUUUCGCCAAUUGUCAACAUUACCUGCAUUUUGACAUUUCGCUUUCUCAAAUGUCACCAAUUCGUUCAUUGUGAUUUUUCUUUCGCACUGUGUAGAUUUUUCUCGGGAAAAUUUUAUAACUUUCACGAAAAUCACCUGUAAAUUUAUAUUUCAAUUAAACGGAGCGAUAAAUAUACAAUAAAAAAUUUAUUUUAAAUAUGCUAUAAAAGCUGAAGUAGCUGCAAGUGUUACUAAUAGUGUAGUGCAAGUAAGAAAAAGCUUCAAUUUCGGUGUGUAAAUUGUAAAAAUGUCUUGGGUGCAAAGUAAUGCACCACCCCCUACGCUGCCACAGCAGCAGUCGCAACACUCCUAUCCACAACAGCAGAAACAUCUAAUUCCACAGGUGGCUCAGCAGCAGCAGCAGCCACCGCUAAAUUUACAACAACAGCAACAGCAUUUAGCAACACAAUCGCAUGCACAAGCAAACACCGUUGCUGCAACAAAUGCUUACACGAAUCCGGCACCACCCCUUGCAUCCAAUUUGGCUUCCACCACUAGCGCUUAUAUGAGCAAACCGAUAAACGUUAACAAUAACAUACAUCAGUCGCAACAGCAUAACUCUAUGCGCUCACAAAUGCAUGCCAACGGUGGUACACACCAGCAUCCGCAGCAGCCUGGUCACUUUGGCGUACAACAGCAGCAGCAGCCAUCAGCCGCAGCGAACGCCUGGCAGCAACAGCCUUACGCGCCACCAAACAAAAUGAUGCAAUCGAAUGCUGCCGCCGCGAACAACAAUUGGCCGCAACAACAACAGCAGCAGCAGCAAACAACACAGAAUGCCAACAAUUUAUAUCCACAGCCGCAGCAACAACAAGCAACUGCACCGCAUAACAUCUGGCAACCACCAGAUCUGCCAACGGCUAAUAACGUGCCAACGCAACAGCAGCAGCAGCAAGCAUAUCCACAUCCAACCACAUACGACAAUUAUUUCACAGCAAACCAGAACCAAGGAACACAGCAGCAGCCACCAACAGCACAGCCAGCUGCGCAGACGUCACAAUAUCAACAGCCGCCACAGCAAGUAGCGCCUGACGCGGCCAACUAUUUUCACUAUCAGCAGCAGCAGCCGACACAAAUGCCACAGCAGCCGCCGCCACAACAACCAGCCGCUGCUGAGCUAUUCGACAAUAGCAAUGCGAACAACAGAAGCGAUGGCUGGGGCGACUGGGACUGGAAUGAUAAUGGCAACGUAGUUGGCGGUGAAGUGGAGCAAACGCCAGCUGGGCAGCAGGCGCCUCCCUCGACGCAAUUGCCCAUACAUAAACCGGCGGUACAACAGCAGGCGCCGCCGCUCAAUGCAUUUGACGCGCAGCCUACGAAUUACAAUGCACCCAAUGUAAUCGAGGAAAGUUUUGGUGCGCAGUCAACCGAUAACUGGAGUUGGAAUAUUGGCGACGACGUCAAUGCGAAUGCGCACAGCACAGGCGUCGACAACGAAUCUGCAACAAUAACACCUCAAGUGCCAACUACAAAUAAUCGUCAAGCGGCACAAGUGCCGCGGCAAGUUGCGAGCAGCGUUCAAGUGCCACAACAGAAAGCCGCAGAAUAUGCCGUGACCGAUGCGGAUGAUGUGAGAGCUGCAGCGGCAGCAGCAGCAGCAGCGAAUGUGGGCAAACCCACUGCACUUCCGCUCUCCGAAGCGACCAAUGAAAACUACAAUACCACAGCGCCUACCCACGCGGCGCCACCCAGCGCUGCACCCCCAGCCGCAGUUGGUGUUGGCAGCAACAUUCCAAACUCCGUUUAUGUGUCACAAGCAAAACCGGUUUCGCGUCCUUCACGCCAAUACGCUUCGCCACCAGGCGUUGCCAGCCCGACCAGUGAGCCAUUGGAUAAUGCUUUAACACCGCCACAGGCAUUCCAAAAUGAAGUAGCCACGAUAAAGCCUGAAGUUAUGCCGCCCACAGCGCCACCUGCCGGCGUCGCCUCUAUCGGUCUACCACUGCAAACCCCACCCCCUGCUUUGUCACCACCAAGUAAUUUGCCGCCACCACCCGGCGCUAACGCCACUGCGGGUAAUCCUUUCAAACGCGCAGGCGCAGCGCAACAUCACCGCGGGGUCAAUAUCGCAGCGCCACCUGCUGCCCCGCAGCAAAUCACAGCUGCAGCCGUAGCUAACGCGUUUGCUGUGCCACCGCCGCCCGCAGAUUUUGCCAAUCCGCUACUCAAUCAUUUGGAACCCGAUAAUUCGGAAAUCUUGCAUGAAAAUCAAGAAGUGUUGGGCACUGCUUUGCCAAUACCGCCAACAUCGUUGUUGUUGCCCACCACACAAAAUAUUACUUUGCCGGGCGCAGCAGCGGCACAGGCACCUCCACCGCCACCCCCUAAUGAUGAGCGCAACCAGUACUUGCAGACAAGCCCACUUUCGGAGAAUCCCGAUGAGGAGUUGAAUUUGGAGGCCGACAGUCUACCGCCGCCAGGCUUGUCGCGUCUAGUGUUGGGGCAGCCGGAGCUUCUAGAAGCCACACAGCGCAUGGUUACCGGUACGGAGGAGCCGGCCAAUAUGCAUAUGGACGAGCGGCACGCUGAUGGAGAGGACACAUCUUUGGAGCAGGUGCCAGCAGUACCGCUGGCUGCAACUAACACGCCAAACAACAAUAGCAACACCAUAGAUAUAACCGCAGACCGCAAUCUAUAUUUGGUACCUGGUGAGAGCAAUAUCAGCAACGAGCAACGCGUCGUUACUGGCGUUGAACGCUCGCCGGAGAGCAAUGCGCCGGCGCCACCGCCACAAAUCGCUAGUGGCCAACGCGAGAUCGAACUGGACGGCGAGAACUUGGAGGACCAACAACAGGAGCAACAGCACCAGCAGCAACAACCACCGCUACUCACGGUAAACAGUCGCGACGAACCGCCUUUAGAGGGCGCUGCCGCUAGCAACGAACCUUCACCGCCAACGGUUGAUGAGAGUCAGGACGUACAUCGCCAUCAUCAUGUACAACAUCACCAUCAUCAUCAUCAUUCGACGAAAUCAAAGGAGCUAUCCAAUGCAUCGACGGGAAAUGAUGAAAGCGAUCCAUUGCCGGAGCAUCAACAUCAUCACCACGCCGCACGUUACACCGGCGCCGGCAGCAAUAAGUCGCGCAAGCAUUCAACCGGCGAGUUGGAGCGCAAAGUGUCUGAUCGUCAACAGCGCCGCGACAAACAACGUAGCUCCGCCGAUCGCUACGAGAGCGAUGAUCUCGAGGGCUCCGAACCUUACUCAAGUGAUCGUGAACGCGAACGCGAGCGUGACCGUCGUCGCGGCUAUCGUGAGGGUAGCGUACGCAGUGAUCGCGAACGUGAGGAGCGCGAUUAUGCCAAGGAUAAGAGGCGUCGCGCUGGCGAACGCGCAGAUAAGCGCGACGAACGUGACAAGUUACGCGAUAAGUAUUAUACACGUGAUAAUGGUAAAUCGGAUACGUUGCGUCGCAGUGGUCGUUACAAUCGUCAAUAUGACGACGAUGUGGAAGAUGUGAGCGCGCGACGUAAAGAGCAAUCGCGUCGCAGCGGCGCGCGUCACCACAAUGAUGAACGCGCCGGACGCAGCGACCGUAGCGAGCGCGACUACGAUGACUACAAUCGUCGUCCACGUGGCGCGCCCAAACGCGGCGAAAAAAUCCAUGACGAGGGGCGCGAUGUGCGCCGCAGCAACUAUGCGGAUGAUGAGCGUCGUGAGCAGCGGCGCACACGUCGCGAUCGUGGCAGUGAUUACGAUACAAUUGAGCGCCGUCAUCGCGGCGCCGGUGGCGACAAAUCAAUGCGUGGUGAACGCGCCGAUCUGCGCGAAUACGAAGAGUAUCGCAAGCAGAGCUCACGCAAUGCACGUGAGAGUGAUUUGGAGAAGGAGCGCGCACGCUACGAUCCACGCCAUGCCGCCAUGUAUGGCUACCCGCCAGGCGCGUAUGGUUAUGAUCCCUACGCUACAUAUUACUAUGAGCAAAUGGCGCGCACCAAUCCGCAGGCAUACUCGGAGUGGUAUAAGAAAUAUUAUGGGCAUGCAGCCGCUGCAACGGCAUCCAGUUUGAGCGCACAUGCCGCAGCUGGUGGAGACCAUGCUAGCUUAAAUAGCAGCUCGUUGGCGGCUGCCACGGCGGAUGGGCGUGAGUCGGUGCACUCGGGGCGCAGUUCGGUGCAAAACGAAAAUGAUCGGUAUACACAAGCAUACAUUUCACAAGCCAAUGAAUACCAUCGUCAUUUGCAACAGCGACAACUGCAUUCGCAACAACAACAACAGCAACAACAUAUGAUUUACAGUCAACAGCAUACGAAUAUGUCACUCAACUCUACAACGCUAGAUGACGGUACGGGCAGCAUGUACGGAACCGUUGGCGAGGCAUUACGUGCUGCUCGCUCCACAAGCAAUCUGUCGCAAAUUGGCAGCGGCAUUAGUGCCAUAACGGGCGGCGGCGUCGGUGGCGUUAGUUUAACAGCAUACUACGCUGGUGUCGGCGGUGUUGGCGCGGCCUAUUAUGCGCGUUCCGAUUACGCGGAGUCCAGAUCGGGUCAUCUGUCAUUACGCGAUGCCGAAGCCAUCGCCGAACCCGAUCCACAACGACUCACACCACGUAAAUUCGUUAACGAGCACUCAAUCGUUUCACUGUCGGCCGGCAUACUCGUUACCGUUAAACCGAAGUACACUUCACAUGGCGCCAUUAGCAAUAUUGUGAAGUUGCAGCGCUUAGGUGCCAACGAUGCAACACGUCAACUCUUCCAGACCUAUCCGGGUCCGUUGGUACGUGGCCUCACACACAAGAAGACCAUUAUUGAAUUCUGCGAGGAACAAAUACGUUUGGGUCCCAUGGAGACCACCAUCUACGCCAAGCAGCUGGUGUCCAAUAAUAUUGAGAAAUAUCGUGGCUCCUAUACGUUGAUGUGGAACCUGCUGAUUUUGUUGUUGCGUCAAAAUGGCAUGGUUGUUGGCACGGAUAUUGCGGAAUUACUCUUGAAAAAUCAACAACAAUUCCCCUAUCAAAUCGAGCACGCCGACGCUGGCGACUCAUCGGCGCUCAGUGGUGAUGAGGCAGAUGAACAGCAAGCACCAGCAACCGACUCCGCUGUCGCCGAACAGCAUAAUACCGAACGUGACUCGGGUAACGAAGCUGAAACCGUUACUAAUACGAGCAAACAAGCACCGAAAUCCACCACAACCAUCAGCAAUAUACCAGUGCUCAGCGAUGAUGAGAUAACCGAAAAGUUCCGUAACUAUUUGCUGUAUGGCAAUGUGAAUGAGGCGCUCGACUGGGCCACCGAUAACAAUUUGUGGGGUCAUGCGCUCUUCCUAGCCUCCAAAGUGGAUCGGCGUUCACACGCCAAUGUCAUGAUGAAGUUCGCUAACAAGCUGUCGCUUAACGAUCCACUGCAGACGCUCUAUCAGCUGAUGAGCGGCCGCCAGCCGUCUAGCGUGACUAGUGUGCAGGACGAGAAAUGGGGCGACUGGCGUCCACAUCUCUCGAUGAUACUCUCAAAUACGUCACAAAAGCCCGAAUUAGAUCGUAAAUCGAUAACAACGCUUGGUGAUUCGUUGCUCAAUCGUGGAGAUUUAUUCGCGGCGCACUUCUGUUACCUAAUGGCGCAAGUGGGUUUCGGGCGCUACCAAGAGAGCGCUACGCUGGAGAACACACUGCAACAGCAUUUGCCAAAACUCGUCUUACUUGGCUCAUCGCAUUAUAAAUACUUCAACGACUUCGCCGCCAACGAAGCCAUCAUGAUGACCGAGAUAUAUGAGUACGCCUGCUCAUUGAAUGAUGAUAAAUUCUCGCUAGUCGAGUUUCAGCCUUAUAAAUAUUUGCUGGCCACACGCCUGCUGGAUUAUGGCUAUAAUUUACGUAGUCUCAUGUAUUUCGAACAAAUAGCGCUGCACAUACAACGCGAUCCGAGCAAAUACGAAGCAAGCUUCAUUAAUAAGAUCUAUGAGUUUGCCGAUCGUCUCAAAUACUACGACCCAGUGUUGGAACGCUCCAUGGACGAUCAACAACAUCCUACUGACGGUCAGUUGCCGAAUUUCGAGGAGCAAAAGUGGUUGCAAGACUUGCGCGCCCUGGCAGUGCAACAUAAGGACGAAUAUACCAGCCCUGCUGCACCGGUGUAUGGACAAAUUGCCGAUACACAGAGUCAAAUCGAUCAACAAUUUGUCGAGAUAAAUAAACAAUUUAAUGAGCUGAAUUUGCAAUAUCAAGGUCUCGGCAACGUCGAACAAACGCCUACCUAUUACAACCCAGACGCCAUGCAACAGCAGCAACAUCAACCGCAUAAUGAUAUAGCUGCUGAGCAUUAUAAUCAGCAACAACAGCAACAAAUAGCAGUGGCUGGCGACUACAACAGUCAACAAACGAGCCUAGAUUCACAAGCUCCGAAUCACUUGGCUGGCGUUGCACAAGAUGCUGGCGAUGCAUCAUAUGCUUAUUAUAAUCAACAGCAACAGUAUAUGCAGCCAGUAGAUGCGCAGCAGCAGCCACAGCCACAGCCACAACAGGAACCUCACUCAAUUCCUUACUAUGAUCCCACACAACAACAGCAACAUUAUCAAGGUUAUGGCGCAGAAGCGGUGGAUGCGCAAAAUAAUGCUGCCGCUUAUGAUUACUGGGCACAACAAAAUCAACAACAACAGCAAACACAACAUGCCGGUUAUGGCGACGAGCACGCCACAAAUGAUGAUGAGCCCGCUAUUGGGAUAACAAAAACAACAAAAAACGUGGAAGCCUUUUUAAAUAAUGAUGAUAUGCUGGCAUUGAAGCAAAUGCCACUUAAAGCAAAGUCACAAACAACUACCACAUAUAAAACUACUUUGGAGAGUAUACGAAAAUUACAACAUCAGCAAGACAAACCCUUGGAAAUCACCGCUGCAGCAGCCAAAUUAUAUAACAGUUAUGAUGGGCCGCAAACGCGUGUCGCAAAAAAGCCCAACACUAAUCACAACAACAACAACAACAACAACAAUGCGAAACAGCAACAACACGCAGCUACUUUGACCACAUCGUUCCUCAGCGCGCCGCCAGAUAAUGCGCGGCCCACCAUAUCCAUGCCGAAAUCGAAAAUGUAUGAUUCGGAAGAUGAUAAGCAGCAGCAACAGAAGGCGAAUGCCAACGCUGGCGGCAGCAAACCGAGUGAGCAGAAGAGUGGUAAAAGUGAGGCUGGCAAGGAGACGCAAAAAAGCUCCCAGCAAGGUAAUCAAAACUCCGGCUGGUUCGGCGGCAUUUGGAACAAGCUUUCACUGAAGCCCAAAAAUCAAAUGAUUUUGCCCGACGACAAGAAUCCCAGCAUCGUUUGGGAUCCGGAAAAGAAAAAAUGGGUAAAUACAGAUGGUGACGAAGCGUCCGAAGAAAGCUUCAAGCCGCCACCGAAGAUGAGCGAUAUCAUGGCACAAGCGCCACCAGCAAUGGGUGCGUCCAAUGUGCCAACUGCGUCACAGCCGUAUCCACAACCACAACCGCAACAACAACAACAACAACUGCAACCUCAACCACCACAGCAACAGCCCUCACCAUUGCUCGACACGCAACAGUAUGCUGCGCCCACACAAUCACCAGCCCCUGCCGUCUCACCAGCGCCCGUCUCCGGCUACAGUGCGCAUGCGUUGACCGGUACCGAUGCGGCAGGCGCAACUAAAACGCCUAGUUUGCAGUCAAAUAUGUUCAAAAUGCAACGCAAUCGAACUUUGAAGAAUUCCUACGUCGAUGUGUUCAAUCCCUCAGGUGCCCCUAUGAAGGCGGUGGAAAAUGUGCUGGCUCCGGCCUUGCCCCCGGCUGCAGUGCCGCAAAGUGGUUUCUUUAUACCGGGUCCGGCGCCAGUCGCCGCUGCGGGCGACAAUAAUGAUGCUGGCGCAUAUCAGCAGCAACAGCAACAACAAAUGCCGCAACAAGAUGUGCCACAAUUCUACAAUCCAAAUCAAUUCAGCGGUGGUGCUUAUUAGAUAAGACAGUCAAACCUUCACUCACACACACCUAUACACAUACCAACUAAACAGUGGGAAUAAAAUAGUCAUACUCUUUUACAAUUAGCUACAGUUAAUUAAAUAGUUAAAUUUUAACAAAAAAAAGUUAUUCAAUUGAAGAAAAAUAGUAAAAUCAAAAAACGAUAUAAAAACAAUAACAAAUUAGAAAACGACAUAAAUCAAUAAGUAAAUUAAUAGACUGCUUGGCGUGAGGCGCGUGUGGUCAGUGGCGAGCUGUGUGUGUGGCAGUAGCGUUUUAGUACACUAGGCAAACGAAAUAAUGACGAAAAUGAAAUGUAAAAAAAAAUUAAAUAAUUAA